AUGUUUCAGUUUUCUACUUCGUUUUCAGUUUCCGAUUUGAUCAGAUAUUUUACCAUUUGGUGUAUUAUGUCGAAUUCUAGUGUUAUUAAUGGUGAUUUGUAUUCUUCUAUGAGUGAGAGUGAAGAAAAAGAUGUUGAAAACUCAUUUUUUGAAGGUGGUGAAUCUUCAAGUUCAGUACAUGAUGCACAAUAUUUUGAUGAUAUAAUUGGAGAACAUGUCUAUAAGCCAGAUGUACCUGUUCAACUUAUUCCAUUUAAGGACUUGAUACUGAACUGUUCACCAUCCGAACAUUCGCUAGCUGGCAACACAACUACACAGUCAAGGUUUGAUAACAAGAUUAUAAAGAAGAAACAUGUUAUAUGUAAUCGUGGUGGUAAACAGAAAAGGAAAUCUCGUGACACAUUAGGUACAAGUGGUGUUAGGAGGAAACGAAAUUCAAAUUCAAGAGUUAUUGGUUGUCAAGCAAAGAUUAUAUUUGAAUCUGUGUAUGGAACUCCAGAUUAUAAAGUUUUUCAGUUUGAUGAACUUCACAACCGUCCACUUGAGAAGAGAAACGAUUUAAAAAAGGCGAGACAAAUGUCAUAUUCAGAAAAAGAGUUUAUUGUGCGUGCUUCCACAUCAAACAUAGGUCCAACUAUGGCUCAUAAGUUAAGGGCAAGUCUGAGAGGUGGGUAUGAGUUUGUAAAGCCCAAAGUAGUUGACUAUAAAAAUUUAAGGAGAGAUAUCAACAGGGUUAUUGGUUAUAAAGAUGCCCAAAUGAUAGUAAACACAAUGAUUGACCGUCGAGUUCACUAUCCAAAUUACUCAUUUGAGUUUAAUUGUCAAGAUAAUGUUUUGGACUAUAUGUUUUGGGUUGAUGAAAUGGAGAAGGCAUAUUAUGCUGAAUUUGGUGAUGUUAUCUCGUUUGAUGCGACUUUCCGAACAAACAAGUAUCGAAUGGUUUUUGUUCCGUUUACUGCUAUUGACCAUCAUAAAAAAUCAGUUACUGUUGGAUCUGGGUUGCUAAGCAAUGAAAGCAUUGAGUCUUACUCUUGGUUACUUAAAGCAUUUCUUAAAAAUCAUGGGAAAGAACCAAAACUUGUUUUAGCUGAUCAAGAUGUUGCAAUAAAACAAGCUGUUGAGAAUAUAUCAGAUGAUUUAUUUACAAACACAGACUUUAGAAAAAGGUUUACGAAGCUUGUUUGGGACAUUAAUAUGAAACCUGAUGUUUUUGAGGUGAAGUGGGGUUUGCUUAUGAAGGAAUUCAAUCUUGAAGACACAAGAUGGUAUUUUAGUGACAUUCCAAUGUGUGGUUUGAUGAAGACUACAUCGAGGUCAGAGAGUAUGAAUUCAUUCUUUAAUACAUAUUCAGAAAGUAAGAACUUACUUUUGAAUUUCAUGAUGAAUUACGACACUGCCAUUCAAAAGCAAAGGAAUACUCAACGAGAGCUUGAUAAGGCAUCAAAGAAAGCAUCAUAUAAAAUGCAAACACCUCGAGAAAUAGAACUGCAAGCAUCAAAAGUUUAUACAAAAAUUCAUGAAAGGUACAUUUUGAAGAGAUGGAGAAAGGAUGUGAUAUCAAGAAAUUAUCGUUUUAGUUCUGUUCAAUCCGAUUCAGGUGAUUGUGAGAAUAGAUUGGCUUUGUUUGCUGAGAAACAACAAAUGUUGUUGAGGGAAUUUGAGAGUGAUUAUAUUUCUCUAGGAUUGAAAAGCAACACAGAUGGUGAAGUCGUAUGCAAGCUUUUGGGUGUUACUAUUCCUAUUCCAGAAGAGAUUAAUAUUCAUGUUGCUGAUGUUCAAAGCAAUAAAGGUUCUGGAAUCAAGAAAAGAAUUCCAAGUGCAGGUGAAGUAGCAUAUGAAAAUUCUAAAAUAGAACAUAGAAUGUGUUCAGGAUGUGGAAAACGAGUUCCACACAGUUUACGUACUUGUCCAGAAAGAGUUGGAGCUGCUAAAUCAGCAAAAGACACUUAG